GGAGCCAUGUCUGGCCGUGGAAAAGGUGGGAAAGGAUUAGGGAAGGGUGGCGCUAAACGCCACCGUAAAGUGCUGCGUGAUAACAUCCAGGGGAUUACCAAGCCGGCAAUUCGGCGUUUAGCCCGCCGUGGGGGUGUCAAGCGCAUUUCUGGCCUUAUCUACGAGGAGACUCGCGGUGUACUUAAGGUUUUUUUGGAGAACGUCAUAAGAGAUGCUGUCACCUAUACAGAGCACGCUAAGCGCAAGACUGUUACGGCUAUGGAUGUAGUAUAUGCGCUUAAACGCCAGGGGCGCACCCUUUAUGGCUUCGGAGGCUAAAAUCGCAGAGUAAGCCUUCUAAAACCCUA